UUGCCCAUUGGAAUGUUAGAGUCAUCAUAAGGGAAACAAAAUCAUGAAGUUAUUUUUAUGCCGGCACAUUGCACGUAACUCCUAGUUGCAGAUGGCUUUCUUUACCUAGAGGGCUGGGGAUUUAGCUCAGUGCUGCUGCCGGCCUCACGAGCACAAGGACCUGUAGCAAACAAAACAACAACAACAACAAAACGAAGGAUACUAGACUCAAUGGCUCUAAAUAUGUUUCGUCUGAGAGCUACUUGUCCAUUCCUCUGGAAAGUGUUUCAGUCUCGACCCUUCAGUUAUGAACCACUAAUUGUUCAGAUGAGUAAGUGUAUGGAUAAAGAGGAAAUAUUUGAUCUCAUUGAAAGAAACAAAGCCACACUUUCGGAAAAGCAAGUGGGACAUGCAUUUAAUGUACUUUGGCGGCUUCAAAGACAGAAGACAAGCUCCAUAAAAAAUGUUGAAUAUGUCAGAGACCACCCCCAGUUUCCUACUCUGUAUAAUUUAACUACAAAUAAAAUCGAAUCAAUGAGUGAUGAUACCCUAGUGGAUGUGUUAUACAUUGCCCAGCGGUUUGGUGUUGCAGCCCAUGAUCCUCUAGUUGAAUCACUGGUUACAGAAGCAUGGAAAAGGUUGGACAGGUUUAAUAUUAAUGUGCUGUCAACAUUUUCUGCUUGCCUAGCAGAUCAACAUUUGUACUGCAGUCCAUUAAUGGGGGAAAUAGCUGAUAUUGUAAAUAGGAAGUUGGACUCUAUACAAGACUUAAGGUCUUUGUCUGUCUUGAUGAUCAACAUAUCUUCUUUAAUAUCACAAGGUUUUCAAGAAAAAUUAGUGAAGAAAACAGAACUUCUUUUUGACACCAUAGAUUCUUCUCAGGUCAACACUGCAAGAAAAAUAGUACAGUUUCUUAGAAAAGUUAAAUGUAGUCAUUUUCCACUAUUAGAGCGAUGUGAUAAAGUGUUUUUAAGCAAUAUGAAGUACCUUGACUUGGAUUUCAUCGGUAACAUACUUGCUGUAUAUCGGUUUCUACAAUUCUAUAGUUUUGCAUUUAUUUCAAUGGCUAAGGAGAGGCUCACUGAGAUGACUCCUUUGUUUGUUCACCCCGCCAACUUUGUGAAAUUGUUUGUUAUAUUGGGACCAAUGGCAGGACCUCAAGAAAAGGAACAACUUCAGUCAACUAUAUUACUGAUGUCGGAAGAACUGACCAGCCAGCAAGCCCUGGCAGUGGUGAGAGCAAUGGAAGAAAUGGAAAGCAGAAAUUCACAGUUGAUUACAAAAAUUGCUUCAGUUCUGCAUAAAAAUUUGGAAAACUAUAGACCGAUGGAGCUAUUGAGGAUAACUCAAGCAUUAAUUUUUCUACAUUUUCAAAGUAAAGAGGUUUUCAUGAAACUCAGAGAAUUACUAUUUAGUCACUUGAAAGUUAGUGUCCGACUGAGUGAGACUGUCACCCUGGUUUGUGCUCUUUCUAUGCUCCCUUCCCGCCUGGACGAAGCUGUGAUGUCCCAAAUUGAAACAUUUUUACCCCAGUGUGACUUCAAUAACCUGAAUGAUUUCGCCACAUCUGUUUUAAGAUGGAUUCACUAUGAUCAAGUGUAUGUGGAUAAAAUUACUGAGAAACAACUGAAACUACUUCAAAAACUAGAUCACUACAGUCAUCAGAGUUUACAACAGAGCAACAAUUUGGAUCUUUUAUUGGAGCAAAUUAAAUUUUUAAAAGGAGACUGGUUUCAUGAAUCAGUUCUGGAAGAAACAAUUUCUGCUUUGCAGCAUUUGAUGGAUGAAAUUAAUUACACAAACAUUGCAAGGGUGGGAUUUUUUAUUUCUAGAACUCACUACCUCAAUACUUCCAUACUUGAUAGGAUAGCGGCAGUGGCUGUUCAGCAGAUUGAAAAGAUCCAUCCUUUUUCAAUUCUUGGUAUUAUUCUUCCAUUCAGCAUCUUGAACUAUGAUCCACCUCAAAAGGAUGAAUUUCUUGGAACGUGCAUGCAGUGCCUUCAUUCUCACUUAGGUACAUUGGAUCCUCUUACAUUAGUGUUUCUUGGUUUCUCUUUGGCCACACUUGAAUAUUUUCCAGAAGACCUGCUGAAGGCAAUUUUUAACAUCCAGUUCUUAGCCAAAUUAGACUGUCAACUUGAAAUUUUAACUUCAUCUCUGAAUAGCAGGGUCCAGCUUCGUCUUAUGGAGUUGAAUAGAGCUGUCUGCUUGGAGUGCCCCGAGUUUCAGAUUCCGUGGUUUCAUGACCGCCUCUGUCAACAACAGUAUAAUAAAGAUAUUGGCAGCAUGAAUGGAGCACAGAAGCAGAUUUAUAAACUUCUAGCAGAGGUACUAGGAGGACCCAAUUUUGUAAAAGCCUCUGUUCUUACGCCUUAUUACCACGCAGUAGAUUUUGAAUGUAUCUUGGAUAAAAGAAAGAAACCUCUUCCUUAUGGAAGCCAUAAUAUAACUUCAGGAAAACCAUCAAGAAUGUUCUGGGAAUCAGAUAUCCAAAUAGUUGGAUCAAGUCUUCCACCUGGAGCUGAAAGGAUUGCAUUCGAAUUUUUGGACUUAAAAGCUUUUUGUAGAAAUAUUCCUCACUUAAAAGGGAAAUCUGCUAUGAAAACACGACAUUUAGAAAUUUUGGGCUACCGUGUAAUCCAGAUUCCUUACUUUGAGUGGAACUCUAUGGCACUGUCAACCAACGAUGCUCGUCUGGACUACCUGAGACAACGUAUAUUUGGAGAAAGGAAAUCAUGAUUGUUUUUUUUUUUUUUUAGUGAGUUCUUACAGUGCACCACAUUUGUAUGGUCCUGACUCAAUUAAAAACAGUUGUGGGGCACCAUUCAGGACCCCUCCUGUCUCUCAGGAGCUAUCCCUAUUCCCCAUUCUUAUUCCCUAUUCCUAUUCCCCAAUAAAUUUUCCUACUCUUAAAAA